GUUCGUAAACAAACAAAUACGUAAAUAAUACCGUAAUUAUAUUGGUUAUACCAUUCUCGGGGAAAAAAAAAACGAAUAAGAAUACGACCGGCUGCAAUGGCGACACCAAAAAAGAUGGAAAAAAGUUAUAGAAUGAGUAGUUUGUCCGAUUGUUUCGGUAAUUUACCAAACGAAUCUGUUCCUAUAAACACAGAUAAAUUAAAUCGCAAAGUUGUCUGCAUCGAAUACCCUGGCAUUAUCAAGAAUGUUUCACGAGCCAUGGAGACAUUGGGUGGUCUGGAAGAAAUAAAUAAGAGAUAUGUUGAUUCCAACCAAAGAUUGGAACUUCGCUGGAGACCUGCUGACCCAUAUUGUAAAAGCUCCUAUGGAGAUAGCAGCAACACCAACAACUUAUUGUUUCGGUUUAAACGGCGGAAAAGGAAGAAGCUAGAUGGUAGCUAUGACUAUGAGCACAAAGUGGAGAUCUUGGGGAUUGUCAAAGUAACUUUCAGAUUCCAAGGUAUGGUAGACUUUCAAUAUUUACCAAUGAUAUCACAUUCAACUGGUGAGAAUGAAGCAAAGACAUUUACCAGUAUAUUUGACAAAUUGGUUGUCAAGUCACCAGAAGACGUUAAAGACUGGCUUAAAGUCGAUGUCCCUUUAUUCCUGCCACCUAUUAUAUUCUCCCGUAUGGAUACACCCAUGGAAUACCUCUACAGAUCUGAGAUGCAACAUCGUUCUGGCUUUGUAAAUCCCCAAGAUCAACGUCCAAGUCAUCUAAUUGGGACAGCCAGGCAAAGACGAUCUCGUCACACAAUAUUUGUAAAUUUUGAGGACAAGACAAUUCCGUCAGAAUCAAUGAGUGGUGCUGAAGCAACCCUGCGAGCCAAAGUAAAGAAUCCAAACCUUGAACAAAGGCUUCGAGAGUUGUUCGAUCAAAAACCGAUUUGGUCAAGGAAUGGCAUUUGCGGUGCUAUUGACUGUCGGCGUGACACCUUGAAGUACGUUCUCCCGCUGGUUGCCUAUUACUUCAUCACAGGACCUUGGCGCAGUCUGUGGGUAAAGUUUGGCUACGAUCCUCGCAAAGACCCAGCAGCAAAGAAAUAUCAGAUUGUUGACUUCAGAGUUCGACAACGUGGUGGCAAUGCUGGGUUUGACAUCAAAGCAAAACGUAGCACCUUCAGUUAUAAAUUACCUACAGUAAUCACCAAACAGACGGGUCAAGUUGCUACAAUCAACCGGUCAGGACUGUUACCAGGGAAAGACCAACGAGAAACCACAACUCGUACAAAAGAAGAAGCAGAGAGUACUUAUAAGUUCCGAGCCCAUAUCCUACCACCAUUUCGUCAGAUGUUCUAUCAGAUUUGCGACAUAGUAGACGAUGAUGUACAAUCUUUACUUAACCAAAACAACGGACAGGAAACGGUCUGUGAUGAAAAGGAUGGUUGGUGCACCAAAGAUAUGAAUGACAAAUGCCGUGAGAUUAUGUACCAUAAACUCAAUACUUAUUCUCCGGUCGGUGAUAAUACUGGGAAGAAAGUUCCGAAAAAGAAACCUGUGAAACAGAUAUUCACUUCUCUUGCCAGUUCAGAUGACAGUGACUCAGACGCUCCAGAGGAAGACCCCAUUAAUGAGAUGGAGACUGAAAUGUUAGACUGUGUGUAGAACUGCUAAAUUGUUGACCAACAAUCAUGUUCAACAUCUGAUCACCACAUUACUUAUGAUCAUUCUAUUAACCAUGAACAUUAACAUUAUUGUGUAACUUUCAUAGGCUUUUUUGUUUUGUUUCUCUCCUGUAGUAAAAAUCUCUUUGUAUUUA